AUGUUCGUAGAGAAAUCGCUUUAUGCUGUGAGGCCAUGCGUCGAUUGGGGCGGAGCGAUUGGCCGGGUAUCGCUCUCGCGUCAACCAACACUUCGUGAAAGGCUACUGAGCGCUGGCAGCUGGGAAGACUACCAGAAACAACGUUACCAUUACCAAAAGAAACUUCUGGCAAAGUAUGCUGCAAACAAAGCUUCAAAGCUGCAGUCUGCGAAUGAGAUUGACGAACUCCUUCGCAAUUACAUGGAUGCACAGUACUUUGGCACCAUUCAAAUUGGAACCCCUGCUCAGAACUUUACCGUAAUUUUCGACACGGGUUCUUCCAACCUUUGGGUGCCGUCAAGGAAAUGCCCUUUUUAUGACAUAGCUUGCAGUAAGUAUUUAUAUCUCUUUGACUAG